CUUCGGUCUGAUCGUGGUUUGGAGUGUUCCGUUUCUUGUUUUGUGAGAAAAGUUGAGAGCUUGGCAUGGCCUCGUCGGUUGCCCGAUUGCCGUCUGCUACGGCGGAUGACUGGCGCGACCGUGGUCGCCUGGCCGCUGCUGUCCUCGGCGCCUCACACGGUCGGUCAUCGUAUAACCCUGCUGCCCUCCAGAAAGUUCUCGUUCGCCAGCAGAAGACGAAGGUAGGCGGUGAUGCGCCGCCUUCUGCGGCUGAUUUGGAUCCGAUGGGCAAGGCGGAGGGGGGCGGGGAGUCCCGGGCAUCAGCGCGGCGGAGGGAGUCGCAGAUCCUCAAUAAGUGGGCGGCGCGGCAGGCGCGGGAGAUGGUGACGACCAUCGAGCGUGAGGCUCACAAAGAGGAUAUCUCCACGAUUACCACCGCGGUGCGGCCCGUUUCCGCCCGCGCCGCCUCUUUCCUCCGCGAGGCGUCUCCGUCUGGAUUCUCUGAAUCGUCUUCCGCCGCCGCCGGCGGCGGAAAUUUGCAGUCCAAUGUUCGGGCUUCGUCGUUGAUCCAGAUGUGGAGGGAGCUUGAGGCGGAAGCGGAGGCGGAGUCGGGGGGCACGCCCAAGCACCGCGAGGCGUUCGGCGGAGCUGGUGGUAAUACCGAGGACGCCUGCAGCGGCGGCAACAACUCCGAUGGGUCUGAUGAGUUGAAUACGCUCGGCGGCUGGAGCUCCGACACGAUGUCUAUGGCGUCCACCGAGCCGGCGAACUCCGCGUCUGCUUCGCCAUUCCAUGAGAGCGAGCGGAGCCGCGUGGGGAGCAUCGUCAGGAUGCUAACGUCGAGCUACGGUACCGGCGGCAGCUUCGUGGCGCCUCUGAACAAUGAGAACAACCGGUCAGGAAGAGAAAGCCCGGCGGCCGACAAGGCAGAGAGGCCGCUCGGCAGGGUCUCAGGGCCGUCGGUGUUGACGAAUUCACGGCGGCUGAGAGGGCGGGGAGAGAUGGAGAGCUUUGUGGCGAAGAUGGAGCAGGAGCGGCGGCGGGAGCUCGUUGCGUUGGCCGACCACCACCAUGUCUCGGGCUUCUCCUAUCGCGGCCGGCUUCAGUCGAUGCUAAAACUCCGGUCUUUCCCACGGCACAUGGCAAUACAAGAUCAAAUGCGGGUUCAGUCGAGAAGAUUGGAAUUGGAUAAAAUGCAAAAUGGAUCCACAAUCUCAGUUAUCAGGGAGCGAUUCAACAACCAUAGAAGACAGCGUUCCGGUAGCAAAAGAUCAUUUAUGGAGAGCUCAAGCAGUGUACACAUUCAAUUUCCAGCCAUGACUGAAGCCACAGAGUACCCAAUAAGUGUGGACGUCCAGUUCCCCAUAAGUGCCAAAGGUUCAGAUACAACAAUACAUGUUCAGUUCCCCAUGGAUGCAGAAGGUUCAGUUCAUGCAUCUUCUACCAACCAGUUUAUCCUCAAAGAUGAACAUCAGUUUGAAGAAGUAGAUUCCCCGAGAGACUCAAUGAGCAUUCCGAUGGAAGCCAGCACACCUAUUCCUAACAACAAUGAGCUGCAGGAUGAAAGACACAAUAUCGAUGGCUCUUGGGAUGAAAGAAAUUUAUGGGUGGAUAACCUUGAUUGGCAAAGGCCUCCCAACUCACUGCCAUCCAAUGGCUGGGAAAAUGAGGCUGCUGCUGAAAGUGAGGCAGCUGUCGAGGACAUGGAAACAUCCCCACGGCAAAAUCUUGGGAAUUGGAUAAGUGAUCAAUGUUCAGAUUCAUGGAGAGGAUGGAGCAUAACAAGAAAACCUCAAUGUAAUGACUUGUUCGAACACUUCUCUGAUAAUGUUGAAAUAAGGGAUCUUCUUGAGAGAAAAAGAGUCUCUACUUCGCUUGGUAGUGACUUUUGCCACAAGAUGAACCAGUUAAUCCUGUCAUUUGUACAGCGAAGAGAUCAAUAUUUCUUCUACGAAAAUUGUUCGGAAACUAAUAUGGAUCAUCCAUUCUGGCAACAAAGUGUUGUUUACCAAAGUGCCAAGCCAGUUGAAUCCAUCUCAUCGUCGAUAGUACCUCUACAUUAUUACAACUUGCAAAACUCAGAAAAUUGGCCCAACACUUCAUUCACACGCCAAUCAUCUCAAAAUGUGGACAAGGAAGCCUUGAAUGACUUUAGAAAUGAGAUGGCUCAAAUCCACGAAGAGAUCGGCGAACUGAAACUAAUGGUUGAGAACUGCAUGGAGUGGCAGGACAAGCUUCGGCAAUCGAUCAAACAGGACAUUUUGGAUGCAAUCAAUCAGUCAGUGAAUACCUCCCGUAAUUUCAAAGAUUCCAAAUCUGGAAGAAGAGAAACAUGCAGAGUAUGUUGCCAAAUGCAAGUUGACUGUCUGCUUUACAGGUGUGGCCAUAUGUGUACUUGUUUCAAUUGUGCCCAUCAGCUGCAAUGGAGCAGUGCCAAAUGCCCAAUCUGUCAAUCCUCAAUCAUCGACGUCGUCCGGAUGAUUCCCAAUUCAUAAACAACAAAGACGACUGCAACAACAUUGACUUGAAAUCGAUAUCUAACUAAAACCACUGAGAUUUUGGUUGUGUUCUUCUGUCUUCACUGCUGAUAGGUUAACCAAGUGCAAAAGAAUCACAAGAAAGAUUGAUUGUUGCGGCCAUUCGAGAUCAAUAAUGUAAAUGCCAUCCUUCCAUUUAACUUCAUAUACUGGAGACUGUAUCUACAUAUUAUAUUGGAUAUGUUCUGGAACAAAAAAACAGUUCCAAUAGUGGAUAAAAUGUAAGGUUUAUUGUUGAAUACUAUCAAAUAUGUAAUCUGGGAAAAAUUGU